GCGCGCUGGACCCUCCCACCCUGCCAACAGGCCCGCCCCGCGCCGGGGCCCGCCCGGCCAUUGGCCCGGCCCGCCCCGCGGAGCGGCCCCACCCCGCCCUUGGCCCUCCCUGCGCAUGGCCGAGCGGCCGGGAGGGCGGGCCCGGCGGGCGGGCUCGGCGGCGCGCACUUCCGGCCGGUGGCCGGGCCCGGCGCGCGCCUCCUCUUCCGCCGCCGUCCCCGCGAUCCUGGACCCAGAUCCAGAUCCAGAUCCAGAUCCAGCCCCAGCCCCAGCCCCGGCCCCAGCCCCAGCCCCAGCCCCGGCCUGGCAGCCCCGGCGUCGCUUCGGAGCGCGGUGGCAGCUGACUGCGCGUUCACGACCCGCUGGGAGCCGCGAGCCCCGCCGCCGUUAUGAACAUCCGCAAUGCAAGGUCACCGCAGCCCCCAGCCUGACUGCAUUCCACUGCCGUCCUCUCCCGCAGCCAGAGGACCUGAUGAACAUGCAGCACUGCAACCUCCUGUGCCUGCCCGAGAACUACCAGAUGAAAUAUUAUUUCUACCAUGGCCUUUCCUGGCCCCAGCUCUCUUACAUCGCUGAGGAUGAGAAUGGGAAGAUUGUGGGGUAUGUCCUGGCCAAAAUGGAAGAGGACCCGGACGACGUGCCCCAUGGACACAUCACCUCGCUGGCUGUGAAGCGUUCCCACCGGCGCCUUGGCCUGGCUCAGAAGCUGAUGGACCAGGCCUCCCGAGCCAUGAUCGAGAACUUCAAUGCCAAAUACGUCUCUCUGCAUGUCAGGAAGAGCAGGUUCUUAUCAGUUAUCUAUUUUAUACAUAUUCGUGUAUAUAUGUCAAUCCCAAUCUCCCAAUUCAUCCCACCACCACCAGCGGGGAUACUGCCUCGAUGUGGAUCCUGGGCUGCCUUGGCUUUUGGAGAAGAUCGGGAAGUGGGCUUAGUGGGGAGGGGGACCGGGAGGAGGGGCAGGACCUGGACGUGCUGUCCCUGCCUGGCCUCGUCUGUACAGCUCAGCAGUGCCUUAUUCCCCUGCAGUAACCGGGCCGCUCUGCACCUCUAUUCCAACACCCUCAACUUUCAGAUCAGCGAAGUGGAGCCCAAAUACUAUGCAGAUGGAGAAGACGCAUACGCGAUGAAGCGGGAUCUCACCCAGAUGGCCGAUGAGCUGGCAGGCGGGGAGCCGGACCUCGGCAGGGCUUUAACGAAGGCCAUCGGCCCAAGAUUCCAUUCUCCGAGGAAGAAGCCCGUCCUGCCCAGAGGCUGCUGUGAGAGGAGAGGGAGGAGGCCCCUGGACGUGCUGAGAGACGCGGGGCCUGGGGACGGCUGUGGCUGGCCUCCAAGGCUCAGGGGCCAGACAAAACCGGGCUGAAGAGAAGUCAGGGUUCUGCCCAAGGCUCCUCGGGGGCCCGGGCCAUUCAGAGGGCUCCACGGCAGCCUCGUGAGGGAGCCGUAAGCACCUCCACUUUACAGGACAGGAAACAGGCCCAGAGGGGACAGUGCCAGGGCUCCCCGCUGGGAGUCGGACUCAGUCCUGUUUCCUGCCCUGGCUCUGCUGCCUCUCAUCCUGCCCCCCGCCGCCAGCAAGGGACAAGGCACGGGCAGCAGGAGAGGGCCUUCGUGGUCUAGAGACUUAGGUGCUGUCUCCUUACUCCCGUUUCUCCCCGGGCUCCUGG